AUGGAAACGUUGCUGCAGCAGCUGACGCGUGGAAAUGUACUCUUUUUUAUUAUAAUUGUGGGAUUUGGAGGAAGUUUUCAAACUGGCUACCACAUCACCGGCUUAAACUCUCCCUCACCGUACAUAAAAAGCUUCAUCAACAGCAGCUGGUCCGACAGGUACCAAAAGCCACCACCUACAAAGACGGCGACGAUAAUCUGGUCUCUUAUGGUCUCCAUGUUUGCUGUUGGUGGGCUCUGCGGGGCUCUGAGCAUCAACUUAUUCUCAGGGAGGCUGGGAAGAAAAAGGGCCAUGAUAUACAACAGCAUGAUCUCCAUCAUUGCUGGGGGGAUCGUGCUGGCGAGUAAAGCGGUCGGGUCUUAUGAAAUGGUCAUCGUGGCGAGGAGUCUGUAUGGGUUCUCUUCAGGCGUGGGACUAAGCCUUCACCUAAUGUACGUUGGUGAGAGCUCACCCCGAAAUAUACGAGGCAGAGUGACCCUGACGGUGGCGACCUUUUUGUCUCUUGGCAAAUUGUCUGGGCAGUUUUUUGGAUUAACGGAGCUCUUCGGUCGUGAGGAGCGGUGGCACAUCGGCCUCUGUGUCCCGGCAUUUUUCUCAGCGCUUCAGGUUGUGGUGUUGCCCUUUCUUCCUGAUGCUCCCAGAUACUUAUACAUAGAGAAAGGUGAUGAUGAAGCCUGCAGAAAAGCUCUCCAGACUCUGUGGGGCAAAGGCGACUACCGGCAGGAGAUGGACGACAUGUUGGCCGAGCAGGCGGCCGUGAAGGCGGCGCCGCCGAAGAGUCCGCUGCAGCUGCUCAGAGAUGGGAGCGUGCGAUGGCAGCUCGUCACCAUGGGCGUCAUCUACAGCUGCAACAUCCUGUCAGGCAUGCCUGCGAUCAGCGUUUUCUCUUUUGACAUCUUCCUGGAGGCAGGUAUACCGAGAGACAAGAUCCCCUACAUCAUCGUUGGUCUCGGACUCUUUGAAAUCUCCUCCUCAGUUGUCUCUGGUUUCAUGGUGGACCAUACGGGACGGAGGCCGUUGUUGUGCGUGGGUUACGGUGUCUUGUCUGCCCUCUGUGUGUCGGUCACAGUCACACUGAACCUGAAGGACGCCAGCUACUGGGUUCCUUAUGUCACUGCCGGUUUGAUUGUCCUCUUCAUCAUCAGCUUUUGCGGAGGACCUGCGGGAGCCACAGCAACCCUCAACAGUGAGAUAUUCAUCCAGUCCCAUCGAACUACCGCGCUGGUCCUGGUAGGAAUGCUGCGCUGGACCAUGUUUGUCUUUCUGGGCCUAACCUUUCCAUUCCUCAUUAACGCCCUCAACGCUUACUGCUUCGUGCUGUUUUCCUGCAUGUGUCUGCUGGGUUGUCUCUACACCUUCUUUGUUCUGCCUGAAACUAAAGGCAAGACCCUUCUGGAGAUUUCAGAGGAAUUUAAAAAUAUCACCAUCUGUCAGAAAUCCGUCUCAGAGGAAGUAACGGAGAGCAAAUUGUGAAGCUGCACAGAUUCAACAGCACACAUCUCAUCAUCAGAUUCAUCUCACUUCAAGCCCAAGAUGAUUGAAACAAGCUGUAAAACUCAGCCCAGAUGUCUGUUCCUCGGUCGGUGCCAGGUUGCCCUCCAGGUUAUCCAUACCUGACACCCAUUUAACUGCACCUGUGGCUGUAAUGUUUUUGUCACCAAGAGGUCAGCGGCUCCAUUCCAGCCGCUCUGCAGCAAUAAAUCAUCCGGGUUCUGCUUUGUGUUCUUUGACCACUGCAGGGAAUAAAAUUAAUGGAAACUGUCCCACAAAAUCACACGUCAUCUUUUUCUUUUCUCUGCAUCCCAACCUGUUGACUGAGGUUGAAGACAUGAUGGUGACCUUGCUAUUAAUCAGCACAACAGUACUUUGCUGAAGUACUGCAGCUACAAGUAUAAUUAUUGCCUAAAUGCUUCUGUGAUUCAGCCUGAAUUAUUUCUACAUGUACUUGUACAUGUACAUGUUUUUUCCCUUUGUGUUCCUAGCAUCAUUAGUGUAAUGUCAGUUCCAGCCUGUUGCUCCCAUUCCUGCUUGGAAUUGCUACCUGUGUUGAAUAAUAUACACAUAUAUAAGAUAGGUCAAUCCCUACUGCAGGACGUCCCAGGGACAAUAAAGCUAUUUAAGGAUUUAUAUUCUCCCCUGGAGUUACUAAAGUCUAAACUCUGGUCUCCCUCUAAAGUAAAACAUCAACACACCCCCUCGAGA